CGCUCGCGUGCGCAGCGAGGCGCGCUCGCGCGCGUGGACAAAGCGCAAGACGAUGGACCGCGGACACUGGUCAUCCUCGUACGCGGCACCGAGCGCGAGCGAAGCGUAGGGCGGGAUUCGAACGCAUCGAGGCGCUGCUCACCUCCGCGGCUUCUCGGGAACCGGCCGCUCCACGACGACGGGCCGCGGUUGGUCUCGGCGGGAAGUGCCGGCGGCGGAGCUUCGACGGCAGCUCGGAUCCCACGGACGGCGGGGAACAUCAUGGCGGAGUCCGAGACGGAGCGCUGCCAGCACCUGAACCCAGAGGGAGGUGUUGGUGAACUUGUGCAUGAAGGUGGAGGUGUGGAGCAGACAAGUGAUAAUGCCAUGACCUCUGAGCCCACCUUCCUUGAAGAGGAUGGUGAAGAGGAGUUGGACGGAGUUCCUGUGUUUGGAGCUGAUGAUGAGGAGUGGAGCACGGAAACACUACGCAAUGAAAGUCAGCAGGUUGCUCACACACUCAGCAGUAAGACUCAAGUCUCUGUCAGUGUGCUGGGUACCGCAGACAUGCUAAGAAGUGACAGUCGACACGACGCAGACGUGCUAAGGAGUGAUACUCAGGAAGACACAGACAUGCUAAGGAGUGAUAAUCAACACAAUACAGACACGUUAAAGAGUUAUAGUCAACAUGACACAGAUACACUAAGGAGUGAGUGUCGACAGGGUACAGACCCGCCAAGGAGUGACUGUCAACAUGACAUAGAUACGCUAAGGAGUGAGAGUCAACACACCAGUUGCACGCAACAGACCAGUAUCCAAAACGCCACAGACAGCCCAGAGAAUGUUUCCGGGCAAACUUUUGGCAUGUUGUGGAGCAGCAGUCGACAUGCUGCCAACACACAGUCAAAUGAGAGUCAAAGUAGAACGCAGCAUAACAAACACAGAGCGGACUCAGUAUGGAGCGAGAGUCAACAUCCUUCGGCCACGCUACAAAAUAACAGUGGACAUCCUCCCUUGCACAUGUUACUGAGUGGUAGUGAACACGCCACCGACACGCAACGCUGCAAUAACCAGUAUUCUGCAGAAACUGUGUCCACUGGUCUUGGACACACUGCACACACACUGUGGAGUGAUGGUCAACAGGCUACCAGCACACAAAGUUGCGAUAACCAGCGUGCCGAGGACAUGCUACCGGGCCGUACUCGACAUGCUGUGGACACGGUACAGAGCGACAGCCGACAGAACGCACACCAACAAGCGCAUCAACUGCCACCUGAGCCAGCAGCAACAAAGCUUCACCGCAGUUGGGCCGGUACAGCGGGAACAGGGACGGACCCACAGCGCACAUCUUCAGCCAGAGCAGGUGGGCCAGAUGUGGCGCAGUGCUGGGAUGGAGAAGAGCGCAACAGCGCUGAGGCUCCAGCCAGCGGACAGCUAGUCGGUGGGACAGCAGGGGAGCUUCGCGAGGAUCCUCUGCUGGGUGUGGAGGAGACCUACCCUUGUCUGACCAUCAAGGAAGAAGUAGUCGAUGAGGAGUAUGAGUUUGCCCUUUCUUCGCAGCCCCAGCCGAAAGUCAUUAAAGAAGAGCCCAGGUCUCCAGAGGUGAUCCAGCAACACAAGACUUCAGAGGAGCUAAGGAUCUGCUCUGUGUUCUCUGUGCAAGGGUCCUCUUGCUCUACCAUCUCAGGAAGUAAGGCUGCAGUAGCAAUGCGAUCCACCCCCCUGGAGGCAUCAAACCCCCCCCCUGUCUCCAGCAGCAGCCCCCCCCGCGGUACUCCGCAGGCCUCCUGCUCUGGCUGCUCCAAGGUCCUGCAGAAGGGCCAGACAGCUUUCCAGCGCAAGGGCUCCUCCCAGCUCUUCUGUUCCACUGUGUGCUUGACGGGCUACAAUCUGCCCCCAGCCGCACGGACCCCAAGGAAGAGGUGCCACCACUGUCUCCAGGAGAUCGGGAACCCGAAGGAUGUGAUCAGCGCACCCGUGGAUGCCGUGGGAACCUUGAAGGACUUCUGCAGCCCCGGCUGCCUCUCCUUCUUCACUGCCACGUCCAGCUCGGGGGUCGCAAUCACUUGCAGUGUGUGCACUAAAACGGCCGUUGUUCGCCAUGAGGUCAGCUACCAGGGUACGGUGCACAAGCUGUGCAGUGACAGCUGCUUUUCACGCUUCCGCUCCAACAACAAGCUCACCAUGAACUGCUGCGAGACGUGUGGAGGGUACUGCUACGGUGGUAGCGCCCCCAGCUGCGUGCUGCAGAUGGAGGGCACCACCCAGAAGUUCUGCAGCCCUGCCUGUGUCACAGUGUAUAAGCAGAGGAGCACCAAGGCGGCUCCGUGUGCCCACUGCCACAUCGUGCGGAGCCUCCCGGACAUGCUGGAACACUCAUCCGUACAGGGCAGCAUCCAACUGUACUGCUCCCCCAACUGCCUGAGUGCCGGCCAGCAGUGGAUCAGUCUGUCAGGUGUGUCCUUCCCCUGUCAUCACUGCCACGCGUUGGCCGUUCCGCAGUACCACCUGCCCAUGACAGACGGCUCCCUGCUCAACUUCUGCUCAUACACAUGUGCCGUCAGCUUCCAGGCAGUGUUCAAGGUGACCCCGCAGCUCACUGCUCCUUCCUCAGCCGCUGGCACUGCAGCUUUCGAAAUCUCCGCCACAGUGUCUGCUGGGUCCGUCCACGGCGCCUCCGUCCACAGCAGCUCCACUCAUGCUCUGCCAAGAGCCGCAGGGUUACCUCUGCAUUGUGAGCCACUUCAGGGCCUGCCGUCAUCCUGUGGCUCAUCCCAAGGACAUGCCCCCAAACAGGCCCCACCCCUUUCUCAAGAAAAUGUUCCCAACCAGGCCAUAUCUUCUCUACUAUGGGCACAGGCACCUAAACAAGUGCCAAAAGGUGUUCCUGACAAGGCCCAGCUCCUGUCCCAAGGACAAGGCCCUAAACCGGCCCCAACUCUUAUCUACAGACAAGUCCCAAACCAGGCCAUACCUUGUGGACACACCCCUAACCAAGCUCUGCCUUCUGUGGCUCAUGGGCUUGUAAAAAUCACCUGCAGGCAAUGUCACUGUCUCUUCGCGUCAAAACCGGAGCUCUUCCAAUUUAAGGGCCGAAUGGUGCUGUUCUGUGGGAAGACGUGUUGUGAAGAGUUCAGGAUGGUGAACUGUGUGACGGCGCGCUGUGAAUACUGCAACAUCAACAAGGUGCUCAAGGACAUGGUGAAGUUCGACCACGUGGAGCGAGCCUUUUGCAGCGAAGGCUGUAAGCUGCUAUACAAACACGACGUGUCCAAGCGCUGUGGGAGCCCGUGUCGAACCUGUGCCUUUUGCACCAAUAUGAGUACAAAGAUGAUCCACAGUCACUUUGGAGGGAAACUCGAGGAGUUCUGCCAGGAAGAUUGUAUGUCUCGCUACACCGUGCUCUUCUACCAGAUGGCCAGGUGUGACCAGUGCUCGCGUCAGGGGCAUCUCAGCGAGUCACUCCGGUGGCUGGGCAUCGUGAAGCACUUCUGCGACCUGCGCUGCAUGCUGCUCUUCUGCUCUCGCCAACAGGCCCAGGACUCCCCAGCGCCAUCGCUGGUUUCUAUGGCGAGCCCAGGCACCGUGUCCGCGGUCCCCGCACAGCCCUCCACAGCUGGACGUCCUGCCCUCACCUCCAUGUCCUUUGAUCGCUCCAAAGAAACAGGGCUCUCGUUAGUGACGAAGGACACCACACCAGUCAUUGCCAGUGUUGUGUCGCUCGCCAGCGCCCCCAUGAGGCAGCCCUAUGUUACAGCCAACACUGCCUUGCAGGGCUCCGUUCCCGCCGCACGUGCCCAGCCGAAGACCAGCGGCGAUGCGAGCACCCAGACAGACACCAUGCCACCUCCGCUGGCUUCACGCAGGACGCUGAAGAACAAAGCCCUGCAGUGCAGACCCGUCACUCAGAACAAGGGAACUGUGUGUAAACCUCACAUGCAGAGCGCGGACACACAGACGGAUGAAGACAAGAAGAUGAAGCUGAUCCUUCUGCCGGUUCCUGUUCCCGUUUUCAUCCCUUUGCCGCUGCACCUGUACACGCGGUACAUGCCUGUUCCCCUGGGGCUGCCUCUGCCGGUGCCUGUGCCGCUGUGUGUGACCCCCGGGCUCACUGGCACUGUGGAGAUGAAGGACGGCGCCCCCCCAGAGGUCGUCGAGAAAGAUGACGAGAGGGGCAAACCACUCGCUCGUGAAGACCAGGGGAGCAGCUACAGCGCGGACCUGGAGUUGGAAUCUGUGUCGACCCUGCACAGCCCGGGAAAGGAGGCCCCGCCCACUGCACACACAUGUGCUCCUUCAGCGAAGCCCACUGCUCCUGCAAUGCUGGACCUGGAGGCCGACUUCCCCCUCGAGUUGUACAGUCCGAUGGACCACAGUCUGACCUCCAGGCAUCGAGGGCGUAGGAGGCCAAGGGAUGGGUUUCCUCCACGGAAACGGGGGCGGAAGCGAGCAGCCUGUGUGGUGGAGGCAGGUGUGGCACGAGUGGCGUUGCCCCCUGCUGGAGGUUCGAAGCUGCACCACACAUACGGCGUAAAUGCGUGGAGGUCCUGGGUGCAGAGUAGAGCCAGACAGCUGGAGAGAGAGCAGCCAAAAGUGGGCAGGCGACCGGUGGCUCUCAAUGAGGACGUUCUGCAGUGCAGCUCAGUGGAGCUCCGCUACGGUCUGUGUCGCUUCGUCCAUCACGUGCGGCGGCCCGGUGGUGAGGCAUACAGCCCCGACAGCAUCUUGUACCUGUGCCUGGGCAUCCAGCAGUACCUGUUUGAGAACGGACGCAUAGAGAACAUCUUCACCGACCUCUUCUACAGCAGGUUCACUCUGGAGAUCACCAGGAUGCUGAAGGACUGGAGACCUGCUCUGUUGCCUGGAGGCGGCCUGCGGUCCCGGGUGCAGGAGGAGUUCUUGUGGGAGUGCAAGCAGUUGGGGGCGUACUCCCCCAUGGUGCUGCUCAACACACUGCUCUUCUUCAGCACCAAGAUCUUCCAGCUGAAGAGCAUCAUCCAGCACCGCCGACUCUCCUUCGCCCGUAUCACGCGCUCCACCAGGACCGGCCGCGGGGGCAAGACGAGCUGCCUGCGCUUUCGGCUGCCACGUAGCACUCGGUCUCGUGUGAUUCCAGCUUUGCCUGCCAAGAGGAAGAUGAUUGUGGAGGAAGAGGAGGAGGAGGUGGUGAUGGAGAUGCCAGAGAACACAGAGAAUCCCCUGCGAUGUCCUGUCAGACUCUACGAGUUCUACCUCUCCAAGUGCUCCGAUGCAGUGAAGCAGCGAUCGGACCUCUUCUACCUGCAGCCUGAGCGCUCCUGUGUGCCCAGCAGCCCGCUGUGGUUCUCCACCCAGCCACUGGAAGGCGACACGCUGGAGGGAAUGCUCACACGCAUCCUCACGGUCCGCGAGGUGCACCUGGCGGGGGGGCGGCUGAGCUCCACGGCACCAUCAGCCAAUGCCGACGAGGAGGCGUCCGACUGAAGGGCUCGGACCGGUAGAGACACUCGUGUUCGCACUUGUAACUUACACAGAAGGUCCUGCGGUACACAGUUCACGUGCGGUACGUGAGCUCUCUGGAUGCUCUCAGAACAGACUCGCGUGUGAUGGUGGUACGCCGGCGGCGCGGCUGAGCCCCGGAGGGAGGAACGGCUCCGUUCUGAACCGUUAGGACCACCGAUGGCAGCAGCGCGUUGAGUGACAGGGAAGCUGUGGUUGGAGCCUUUGCUCAUGGACUGUAGGGGUAAAACCACCAGAGCCUCGUGCUCACUUUCCCUGUGCUCUUCCUGAAGCAUUUACGGAAUCACCUGUCCUGUUAACGUUAAAAUAUAUAUUUUUAACACGCUAA